CCCCAAACUCCCCCCCCAAUUCCCUCCCAGACCCCCAAAGUUCCGGAGGUUCGGGACGUGACCCGGAUCGAGCGCAUCGGCGCCCACUCCCACAUCCGCGGGCUGGGCCUGGACGAUGCCCUGGAGCCGCGGCAGGUGUCGCAGGGCAUGGUGGGGCAGCUGUCGGCCCGGCGCGCCGCCGGCGUCAUCCUGGAGAUGAUCAAGGAGGGGAAAAUCGCCGGGAGAGCCGUGCUGAUCGCCGGGCAGCCGGGCACGGGGAAAACGGCCAUUCAAACCCCGUUUUUCCCCGCAGGCAUGGCGCAGGCGCUGGGCCCCGACACGCCCUUCACGGCCAUCGCGGGCAGCGAGAUCUUCUCCCUGGAGAUGUCGCGCACCGAGGCGCUGACCCAGGCCUUCCGCCGCUCCAUCGGCGUCCGCAUCAAGUACGGGGGGUCCCCACCCCGAUCUGGGGGGUCCCACGCCGCCUUUCGGGGUCCCCACCCCGUUUUUUGUCCCCGCUGCCGGGUGGUUUUCUCAUUUGUUUUAAGCUCUGUUUGGUUUUUGCACCUGACCCACCCCAGGGGGGCUGAGCCCUCUUUUUGGGUACUCUCAGACCCCAAAACUGCACCUGGGAACCCCAAAACUGCCUCUGACCGCCCCCAAACCCCAAAUCCAGGUGACACAGGUGAGAUCAAGCCGGAGGUGCGGGAGCAGAUCAACGCCAAAGUGGCCGAGUGGCGCGAGGAGGGCAAGGCCGAGGUCAUCCCUGGGGUGCUGUUCAUCGACGAGGUUCACAUGUUGGACAUCGAGAGCUUCUCGUUCCUCAACCGGGCCCUGGAGAGCGACAUGGCGCCCGUGCUGAUCAUGGCCACGAACCGCGGCAUCACCAGGAUCCGAGGCACUGCCCACCGCAGCCCCCACGGGCUCCCGCUGGAUCUGCUGGACCGGCUGCUGAUCAUCGCCACGGCCCCGUACGGCGACAAGGAGACGCGGCAGAUCCUCAAAAUCCGGUGUGAGGAGGAGGACGUGGAGAUGACGGAGGACGCGUACGCGGUGCUGACGCGCAUCGGGCUGGAGACGUCGCUGCGCUACGCCAUACAGCUCAUCACCGCCGCCAGCCUGGUGGCCAGGAAACGCAAGGGCGCGGAGGUGGGGGUGGAGGACAUCAAGCGCGUGUAUUCGCUGUUCCUGGACGAGUCGCGCUCCACGCAGUACAUGAGGGAGUACCAGGAGGCCUUCCUGUUCAACGAGCUCCAGAGUGAAUCCAUGGAAACACCGUGACCCCCCCCAGUGCCCCUCCCCCACUCACCCCUCCCCCCCUUUGUACAAUAAAUCUGAUUUGGAGCC